CUAGGUAGUAAUGAAGCGCGUUUGUGUACUGUAUUAUUCCAAGAGUCAGGGGGCUAAAGUGCUACAGGCCGGGUUUCGCGAGACGCGUGCUCGAGACCGACCCGCGACGCGUCCCCGCUUUGUGUUAAUUAACAAUUCCUUCCCCAAGAGGCAACUGUCGUUGGAGCAAUUGGUUCACCACCCAUUUCUCGACCGUCCCGCUCUUAUUUACACUGCUCAUUCGUGUUUCUUUCUACUCCUCAAUGAAUGAGACCAUCGCUCUGUACGAAAUCGCCGCUUUGAGAUCAGCUUUCUGAAGACCAUGUCGAAAGCUGCCAGCAGACGAUCCAAGCUUGCCGAGCUGCGAGCUUUGCGCGCCUCUGGUAAGAAAGCCUAUGACACAUACGAAGUCUCUGAGGGGCAGGCUUUAUACGAGGAGGUCGACGAGAACGAAUACAAGAAGAUUGUCAGAGAACGUCUCAAUCAAGACGACUUUGUUGUUGACGACAAUGGCGAGGGCUACGCCGAUGAUGGCCGCGAGGAUUGGGAUCGAAUUCAAACCUACAGUUCUGAUAGUGAAGACGACGCAGCCGUGGGGCGUAGAGACCGUAAGUCUGACAAACGGAAACGAGAAGAAGACAAGGCGAAGAGAGAUGCCGACGAUCGUGACAUCAGCGAAUAUUUCAUGAAAGGGCAGACAGCCCUUCAGCCUAAACCCAAGGCAAUCAAAACCGAGGACGACGAUAAAUUCCUCUCAAACCUACUUGGCGAGGUCGACGCAAAUGUCCCAGCCCCAGCGCUCCGACUCGCUAAAAGGAACAGGUCGCCUGAGAGACGUCGUGUUCGCGCCUUGUCUCCCGUCCGUGAACAUCGGCAGCCAGUAACCAAAAGGGUCAGGCUCAGUCCAGAGCAUCCGUCCCCUACACCCCGCGCUCAGAAUCCCUGCGAUGACGACUUUCUCCCCCCAAUAGACGACGAUAUACCACCAAAAGCUGACGACGAGGUCAUGAGCGAUGCGCUGCCAACCCCCUCAUCUCCCAUUUCAAAAGCGGUUGCUCGCAAAGCCCAGGUUAAGGCCGCCUCGGCAGAUGAAGAUGAGGAUGAAGAGAUGAUGGAAGUAGCGCAUGCCGGUGCAAUAAACUCAACGAAUGUUAACUUAUCUGCCUCUCGAACUUUUAAAAAGCUGAUUAAACCUGAUCCUUAUCCUACGCCCGCCAGCUCUUCGCCUUCUAAAGCCCCGGAAGCCGAUGUUGAUUCAUCCUCUUGGAACCAACUGACUGACAAAUUGAAUAUUGUUGGCAGCUCAGCUCCUCCGACCCGAACUGUCGGUAAAAUGGACUACAAGGACGCUAUCGAAGAAGAUGGCAGUCUCAAUAUGUUUUGGACUGACUAUACCGAAAUCAAUGGAUCCCUUUGUUUGUUUGGCAAAGUACAAAACAAGAAAACUGGCGCUUAUGCAAGCUGUUUCGUCAAAAUUGACAACAUACUCAGAAAACUGUACUUUUUACCUCGAAAAUAUCGCCAACGGGAUGGACAAGACACGAGCGAGGAAGUCGAAAUGAUGGAUAUCUAUUCCGAAGUUGAUGAUAUUAUGACUAAGAUGAAUGUCAGUAUGCAUAAAAUCAAAGCUUGCAACAGAAAAUACGCGUUUGAGCUACCUGGAAUUCCUCGGGAAACUCAGUAUCUUAAGCUCUUGUAUCCGUAUACUAAAUCGCAGAUUGCUGCCGAGAUAACGGGCGAGACAUUUUCUCACGUAUUUGGCACCAACACUGCCUUAUUCGAGCAGUUUGUGCUGUGGAAGAACAUUAUGGGCCCAUGCUGGCUCAAAAUCCGAGACGCUGAUUUUGGCACUUUGAAGAACAGCUCAUACGCUAAACUCGAAGUCUCUGUCAGUAGUCCGGAUACAGUCUCGCCAUUGAACGACUCGGAUAACCUAGACGCCCCCCCCCUUUCGCUGAUGAGUCUAGCAAUGCGAACAACCUUCAAUGCUAAGGACAACAAGGCAGAGAUUCUUUCAAUUAGUGCUCGUAUUUAUGAAAAUGUCCUACUCAGCGAUACCACGCCUGCCGACCAGCUUCCAUCUCGGACUUUUACUGUAAUACGGCCAAAUGGGACCUCUUUUCCUCUCGGGUUUGAUAAGCUGGCGCAGGGCAGGCGGAACGGCUUGAUCAAAUUAAUGAAGACAGAAGCAGAAUUAUUGUCAUUCUUCCUCGCGCAAGUUGAAGUUGUCGAUCCUGAUGUUCUACUCGGACACCAGCUUGAAGGUGUCGAUUACAGUAUUUUACUGAACAGACUGCACGAGAAAAAAUCUCCGCAAUGGGCACGUCUCGGGCGGCUCCGUAGGACUCAAUGGCCAGCAUCCAUUGGAAAGCCCGGCGGUAACGUUUUUGCAGAGCGUCAAGUCAUGGCCGGCCGCCUCCUAUGUGAUCUUGCCAACGAUGCGGGCAAAUCAGUCAUGUAUAAGUGCCAGUCCUGGAGUCUCACUGAGAUGUGCAACCUAUAUCUAGGUGACCAAACACGUCGUAGGGAUAUAGAUAAUGAGGCAGCCUUGAAGACUUGGGCCGCGGAGAAAAACGGACUAAUGGAUUAUAUCACUCAUAUGGAGGCGGAUACGUAUUUCAUUACCGCGCUGGCACUCAGGACACAAAUACUGCCUCUCACGAAAGUCUUGACAAAUUUGGCCGGAAACUCAUGGGCUCGAACGCUCACAGGAACACGAGCCGAGCGCAACGAGUACAUUCUGCUACAUGAAUUUCACCGCAACAAGUAUAUAUGCCCUGACAAGCAAUUCUAUAAAGGGCGCCCAAAAGUCGAGGACGAGGCAGAUGAAGACGAUAGUGCUGCUACUAAAAAGAAGGAUAAGUACAAAGGUGGCUUGGUUUUCGAGCCAGAGAAGGGAUUGUAUGACAAGUUUGUGUUAGUCAUGGAUUUCAACUCCCUAUAUCCGUCCAUCAUCCAAGAGUUCAAUAUCUGCUUUACAACUGUGGAGCGGACUGAUCUGUCAGAGGACGAGGAUGGCGUACCGGAAGUGCCAACUGAACAAGAACAAGGCAUAUUACCCAAGCUUAUUGCAACUCUUGUCAGUCGCCGGCGACAAGUCAAAUCGCUUAUGAAAGAUAAAGGUGCCACUCCGGAACAGCUUGCCACGUGGGAUAUCAAACAACUUGCACUAAAACUCACUGCAAAUUCCAUGUACGGCUGUCUGGGAUAUACUAAAUCGCGAUUCUAUGCGCGACCCCUGGCUGUGCUCACUACCUUCAAGGGUCGCGAGAUUCUCCGCAGUACCAAGGAGCUCGCAGAGUUUAAGUCGCUACAGGUUAUUUAUGGUGAUACAGACUCUGUCAUGAUCAAUGCCAAUGUGGAGUCAGUUGCGGAUGCGUUGAAAGUAGGCAAUGAUUUCAAGAAAGCGGUCAACGAACGGUACCGCCUCCUUGAGAUUGACAUUGAUAACGUCUUCCGCAGAAUUCUUCUGCAGGCCAAGAAAAAGUAUGCUGCCAUCAAUCUCGUCGAAGCGCCUGGUGGCAAAUUCAUCGAAACGAUGGAGGUCAAAGGUCUGGACAUGAAGCGCAGAGAGUACUGUGGUCUAUCGAAAGAGAUCUCAUCCCGGAUACUGAACGAAAUACUUUCAGGCGACGAGACUGAAGUAGCCGUCCAACGGAUACACGAAUACCUACGGGAUAUAUCCGGGAAAAUGCGCGAGCAUGCAAUUCCCGUUCAAAAGUACAUUAUAUACACACAACUCGGCAAGGCGCCAAAGGAGUAUCCUAAUGCAGACUCCAUGCCCCAGGUGCAGGUCGCUCUGCGCGAAAUCGCAAGAGGUAAACAAAUCCGCCGUGGCGAUGUCAUCUCGUAUGUAGUCACGGGAGACAGCAAGACCAGCUCAGAACCUGUUGCCAAGCGUGCCUACACACCUCAAGAUGUCACUAAGAAAGACUCCGACCUUAAGGUCGAUGUCGAGUGGUAUAUUGGGAAGCAAAUUUUCCCUCCUGUUGAACGCCUGUGUGCCAAUAUCACUGGCACAUCUACAUCGCAACUAGCCGAGCAGCUUGGCCUGGAUGUGCGGCGCUAUGCCAACAACUCUUCGAGCCAAUCUGGCUCCAAUGACAUGGAGAUACAUCCAUUGGAGUCCCAAAUUCCUGACGAAAUUCGCUUCCGUGAUUGCGUACCACUCUCUCUACGUUGCCGGAAGUGCAAGAUUAUAUCAUCGUUUGAGGGUCUGCUCCCUGCUACUCUUAAUUCGGAGACUAGUAAAGCCGCAACUGUGACAGCGCAGGGCGUCUCUUGCCCGUCAUGCUCUUCCAUUAUCCCAAACCUCAGCGUCGUCGCACAGGUGGAACAUGCGAUACGUGUACAGACGUCGCGCUAUUAUGAAGGCUGGCUUGUGUGCAAUGAUGAAUUAUGUGGAAACCGCACUCGUCAGCUAUCCGUCUAUGGCACCCGGUGUAUGGGACCCAAGGGCCUCGCAACGGGCUGUUUAGGUCGCAUGCGCUACGAAUACUCGGAGCGUGACAUAUACAACCAGCUAGUCUACUAUGCUUCCCUUUGGGACGUCGAAAAGGCUCGUUCGAAAGCCCAGUCGGGCGCAACCGGCCUCGGCGGCGAAGGAAAUGCUGGUGCUCUAAGCGCCGCAGAGCAAGAGCGCAUCAAGACCCUCGCCGAACACAACCGCAUCCGCUUCACAACUAUCAAAAGUGUGGUUGACAAGUACAUUGAUAAAUGCGGUCGCCAGUGGGUGGCGAUGGAUACCUUGUUCUCAAAGCUCGGGUUUGUUGCUGCUUGAAGUAUUGGUUGUGUUAAGCAUAGAAAUAUCAUCUUGGUUGACAGCAGCAUUAUUGUUGAACUUGGUUGUGAUUAUGAUGCAGGUAUAUGCUCCUGGAUGCUCGCUUAGUCUCAUGGCAUAAUGGUCAUGGGUCUCUUCAUACUUGAUUGAGUACAUGCGGUAGCGGUGUUUCUCAUACUGGCGGCGUUUCUGAGCAAAUGGAUGGCUAGGCGGUGUUCUGAUUAUUGAUGUCUGUAUUUCCCCAGAUUAACGGACUAGAAAUGCGCGAUUAAUAAGUUUACAUAUGCAAGUCAUUUCACUUACCAUCGAGAUCUUUUCAAGACAUACGAAGAGUGUAGCCAUAGGAGCUGAGCACUUCACCUGUCAUCCCAUCAGUACGCCUAUCAGGAUUAAAUACAAAUAUUCUGGUCACUGAUUCAUAAUGUGCUUAAAGUAAAUCAUCGUAUGAC